UCUGAUGAACAUUUAUGAAUUUCUCUCGGUUUUCUUUUCUCCCUAUUCAUUUAUGCAUUCUUAUGCUCUCUCUCUAUGUAUGAUAUUCUUACUCUCUAAUUUGAUUGAUUGUAUGAUGAUUACUGUAUCUUUACACGGUCCACCUCUUCUUCUCUCUCUGUGAUUGGCGAUAUGAUAUUUCAUUGAAGGUUGAAUGUUUUAUUGAUUGGUGUUUAAAUUUAUAAAUUUAUGUGAGAUAUCUGGUAUUUUGAUUUCAAUAUGAAUGCUUUAUUUCUUGCCUUUUGUUAUAUUUUGUGAUUUAUGCCAUAAUCGGGUAUUUGGAUUGCAACACGAAUGUUGCAUGGGUUUAGAUGCAUUGGAUUUCUAAAAUUUAUGUGAUAAAUCUGGGAUAUGAAUGUUGUGUUGGUUACUUUGUCUUGAUUUGACGUUUUAUUGGAGAAUCUGGUAUUUGAUCAGAGCAUGAAUACCGAAUUUGUUGCUCUGUUAUAAAACUUGCCAUUUAUAUAAAAUCCCUAAACUGGACUGCUUAUUUGGUGCAUAGAUGAUUCCAAUUCGAGGAUUUGUGCGCAUUUUUUCUUUCUUUUUUUUUUAUUUUGGGUGGAAGUGCGGUCAGUGAUGCAUGCUUGCUUGGUUCUUUUGAUUUAAGCUUUGAGCUUUAUUUGAAACCUUUAAAUCAUGUUUACAUUUCAGGAUUUUGUUGGUGUAUUUUACAUUUCCGGAUUAUAAUGGCAUAAUUUUUACAUUACAAAUUUGAUCGAUCUGUUACUAAAUAUAUGAGAUUUGAGUCUUGAUAUUUUAUUUGUUUGACUUGAACAUUUGAUUUUUUAUGAGAGUUGACAGUUCCUUGGCUUUUGGUAGAUGGUCAACUUUGCACUUAGCUAGAGAAUAAAGCCGAGUGCUUGGCAAACAAUUAAUCUCUUUAUCGUAAUUAUAAAUGGAUAAUUUCUUUAAAUUUGUGUUUAAAAAUAAAUGGUCUCUACUUUGAAAAAUAAAAAAAGAGUCGGUGAUGUAUGGGUGAUCUUUACAUUCAUCAGUUGCAUGGGAGAUUGGGAUUUUGAGGUGUACAACACUUUGGGCAUGAAGUGUAGGACUGGGUACAAUGUUUGAGAAAAUAAAUAAAUUUAUGCUUUGUAUUUUACUUAUCUUAUACUUCCAUUUAGCAAUCUUAGCUUUUGUUCAUCCAUAUUAAUUUAUUUUCAGGUUCACAUUAAUCUAUUUCCAUUUGAGAAUCGCUGCUGCCUAUGUCACCCAUGAGUCAUGACAACUUCUGACUCUUGUUGGAGCUUCACCACUGUCCAAAUACAUCGUUAACCUCCAGAAAUCCUUUGUUGAUAGGGAAAAGGAAACAAGGAAGAAUAUUGCAGGACCUGUAAAUUGUGAAGUUCAGAAUUGUGUUCCUUUAAAUGUGACAUGGGGUCUCGAGGAAGGCCAAUUUUUGAUCUUAAUGAGCUUCCUUGUGAAGAAGAGGUAGAGAUUGAUGGCUUACGAUGUCUUCAGUCAAAGCCACUGCCCAUUUCAAGAUCGAAAUUUUUGGAGCAUUUUUCAUUGCCACAAGGGAGUCAAAGGAUAUCAAACAACCACGCCUUCUCUCAUGCCUCAUCUGGUUCAGGCUUUAAGCCCUUUGUAAGGGUCAAACAAGCGCAUUCCUCCAAGGAAAAUGCAUCACACAAGGAUGCAAAUGAUGCUUCAGUGUACAUUGUUGAGGGUUCUUCACUUGGUUGUAGUGUUCUCUCAAAUAUGGAGAAGGGGCCCGAGUUACAUAAUCGUAAUGAGCUAGAUUUGAACUGUUCUGUGCCAUUUAUUCAAGAAAAUUAUGGAGAUGAGGAAAUGUCUAACCUGUUGGCAACUGAUAGAGAUCAUGGGUCAUCAUCACAGAUAGGCCUUGAUUUGGGGUCUCAAGAACCAGAACUUAGAUGCGCCCAGGUUGUUGAAAGAGAAGAAGGGGAAUGUUCUGAUGAGGAGGGGACAACUGAUGCUUUUGGAAGCAAAAAGGUCAUUCCGGAUGAAGAAAAGGGCCUUGGAAACAAGGAAACUGAAAAUCAUCAGUGGCAAGAAAAUAACAACGAAACUAUGAAUUAUCAGGAUAAGGAAAGGCCCUCUCAGAGUUCUGAUGUUCAUCAUUGCAUUGAAGAAAAAACCAAUAUUAAGGAAGACAUAAGUCUUCUUACUGAAUCAGUUAGAACUGGUGAGAAAAAUCAUCAGAAAAUGGAUCAUCGAGACAGUGCAAAGGACCUCCUUAAUCCAGAGAAGGCCAUUGAGAAUAUUAACAAGGGCACAGAAGUUAUGGAUAGCAUCAAAGAUGAGAAGUCUCAUGCUUCUUUGGGUUCAGGGUCUACCCAAUGUGAAGGGACUAAUAACUGCACUAAACAUGCUAAAGAAAGCAGUAAAGGAGAUGUAUCUAUUGAUGGCUUGGCAGAAUCUGCAUGUAAAAUUAACCAGAAAGGCCUUAAAGGAAUGGAAUCUCGUCUUGGUUUGAAAUUUGUUACUCCACCUGGAAAGAGGAAUAAGCUUGACCAUGAGAAGGAAAUAAUGCUGGGAAAGAAACGUGGGAGGCAGACUAUGUUUCUUAAUUCCAUUGAGGUCAAGCAAGUGGUUCCCGUCAAAGCACCACCUCCAAGGAGACAGGCGAAUCAUUCAUCUUCUCCAUCCACCCGAGUUUCUCAUGUUCAACCUGAGCGCUUGGGGGAAAGGCUGGGGCAAUCUACAACCAAAGACCAUAAACAGGUGGACCCAAUUGCAGUAGAAGGAAACAAAGCUUUAGAGUUUUCUGAUCAUAAAGAAGCUCAAGCAAAUGUUGAUAUAAAUUUUGGAAAUCAAGCAGGGUCCAAGAAACCAAACGACAAUAGUGAUUUUUCUGUUGAAGCUCUUCUGCCAUCUGUAUCUAGGCAGAAUUCAAUGCCUCCCAUAGAAUCAAAACAAGUUAAGAAUCAGCAGGACUCAAAUAAAAAAACAGGACCUCUUGUACAAGACAAGGAAUAUCAUGAACCAAAUACAGGAAAUAAAAAGCAUUCAGCUUUGUCUAAGAAGCAAAAUUUCUGCAAUUCACCAUAUGCAGAGACUUUUGUGGAUUAACUUCUUCAAAAGAUGAUCAUGAUGCUGUGACCCUGGAGUUUUUGAGUCUGUAGAAGAGUAUGUUAGUGUAUUUAAGCCUUCGAUUUUUGAGGAGUGUCAAGCACAGUUGUACAGUACUUGUGAGGAGUUAAUUGAGACAUUUUGGAGAGAUGCAUAUGCGAUGGUUCUUCAUAAAAUUGUGGACAGAUGAUUAGAGGAAAGCACCAUAUAAUUGAAGGUUUGAGGCUAAAGUGAAGCAGAGGUGGGAAUAUAAGUGACGCAACUUGUAGUUCUCGAGCCCAGCCAGAAUUCUUCAUCGAGUAGUCUCUUGCCAUGCCUGAAGGCUUCACACAAACUUUGUUGAUUACUUAUUUGAGACUUUCAAUGGGCCACAAUUAUCUGCAAUUCAAUUGGUAGCAAUUCAUACUGUUUCUCGUGAAAACAGCAGUGUUACCAAAGGAACAAGACCCAUGACCAUUUACUCCAGUACAAAGGCGGCCUUCAAGCCCUUUGGAAACCCACACCCACAUAACAUGGGGAAUGCCAAAUGUUAUCCAUGUUUUUAACAUUAGCACUAUUACGGAGCCCUGCUCAACAAAUUGGCUCAGAAAGUUUCAAGCUCACCAGUGAAACUAACUCCAAUAGCUUUGUUGCAGGAUCCAUUGAUGAGGUUUCAUGGACUAUAGAAAGGAAUCUCUUAAGCACCCAUCCAAACUUUGCCUUAGAUCUCACAUGCUUGUCUGUUCACCAUAGAAAGCUGUAACUGAUGAGUUGCGGGCUUUUGUGCUUUUGUGCUAAGCUGAGUCUCAAACACAAGCUGUUCAAGCUGUUAACAGAGCAACUCUAAGCAAUGUCUGUGAUGGAAUUAUUGGUUGGGUCCAUUAAUUAAGAGCAGAUGAAGCUCAGCUUUCCCAGCAAAUAUCUUCUCCCCAAAGUAAACUCUUGGCACAAAAGCAUAAUCCGUGUGGAUUGUUGCAAACCUUAGCAGCUGUUGCUGAGAGCAGCAAUAAAAUUUUGGUACAGAUGUCCCACCUUAUUCUAGAAAGAAUGUUUGAUCAUAAAGAUUCUCAUUCUGAUCUUGAGGCAUGCUUCGCAAAUGAGUCAAGGCUGUUUCUGCAGCUGUUUCAAGUGGUGAGUGUAACUAUUUUUUCAUCUCCCUCCCAUUUCAGCAGCUUUCUGCUUCAGUUAUAAGCAAGGAAGUGAGGACUUUGCUAUACAGUAGAAACCUCUUUGAGAGGUUCCAAGAAGCAUGAUGCAUGCCAACAUUUUCUUCUGCUCAGUAUAGGAUGCACCUGAAAUGUGGGAGUUUCCAUCUAAACAUUUCUACCAUGGUCUUUUGACUAAUAGUCAAGAGUGUCACAAAUGUGGCUGAUGAAAUCUACUACUCCAAGGGGCAUCUGCUGCGACCCCAUACAUUUUAUGACUGUGCACUUGGGAGAGAAUCUCACAUAGGUGGGUCUGGUUCUUACCAGAUUAUAAUAAAACCCAUUUUGUUUCGAGAUGAUAUGUUCUUCAGAAGACUUUGAACUGUUAUGGUGGUACUAUGGUCUCAGUGGGGAUAUUAACACCACACAAGUUGCAGUUGAAGUGUCUUAAAAGAGAAGUGGAGGAGACAUUGAACUAGAAGAAGGAAUAGAUGUGUAUAUUAACUCUGUAUAUGCAUUUCAAUAGCAAGACCGUAAUGUAAUUAUGAUGUUGUAUGUUGCUGUUUAAACCAUUGAAUAGGUUUUAUUGCGAAUGUUUGCUGCAUGAAUGUCACUCAGACUUGUCAA